CAUUGAUGCGUUUUCAGAGUGAAACCUCCGUUUUCAAAUUCCCCAGGCGUCGGGUGGACGGUGCCUAAUUCUGCAAUUUAUUGGCAUCUGCUCUCCCACCAUGCAUUGUGCUACUAGAUCUGCAGUCUACCAACAUAUCUGAAAUAUUAUGUCUGAAAUAUACUACAUAUAUUUAAUAUACUAAAAGGAGACAUCAAAAUAAUGCAAUGCAAACAUAAGGUAAGCCACUGUUAUUUAAAUUAUUUUCUACGCGUAGCAUUUAGAGCAAUCUUCGAAGCAUUCUCGUACAUUGAUUGUCUUGUAAACGGCUAAAAUCGUAACGCAAUCGCCAGCAGCAUAAUGUCACGUUUCAAUCGAGCUCAGCGUCUGGACCGCCUGUGUUUAUGUUUGGUGGCAACCUACCUUAGUCCCGUCCCGACUGAAGAACUUUCAGCGGCCGGGCUAAGCAUUAAAAGAGACGAGGAACCAGAACAAAAGUAAUUUUUUCCAGGUGACUCAAACCGCAGCGCGGAUGCACUGGGCAUGACUUCCUUUUGUGGCGCGCGCCAGAUCGAGGCGACAACUUUGGCGCGUUUUUCAGGCGAUGUGAUAUUCCGCAGCGAGCUUCGUGUUGUUUCCUCGAAUGUUUUGAUCUUUUUUCACGAUCUUCGCCUGGGAAAUCUUACUUUAGGCGCUAUUUUCAUGCCCACAUGGUGGUCUGUUGCUUGUAGACGAAGAGUUAUAGAGAUGGAAAAUCUUAACGACUUAGGGGAGUACCUUAACACGGAAAUCGUUUGUACCCUGGCCGGUCUUGGUUACUCAGAGGGAAGCGAUUACUACAAAAGUCCGGACUGUCUCGAGAGCCUCAAGGAUUUGGUAAGAUUCUUACGCCGUGAUGACACCACUUGUGAGAUAAGACGUCAGCUUGGUUAUUCAGAAGUCUUACAAAAUGAUCUUGUGGCAAUUCUUAAAAGCUGUUCUUCUAAAGAGAGGGAAAUAUUUGACAUGGUUAUAAGGUUAAUGGUCAAUUUGACUCAGCCAGCAGUGCUUUGUUUUGGAAAUAAUAUUCCAGAUGACAAAACAGGCCAGCACUAUUACUUGGACAUUGUAACUCAACUGCAGUCAUAUAAAGAGGCAUUCACAGAAAAAGAAGUGAUGUCAGUGAUUGGGCGAGAGCUUGGAAGACUGCUUCAGAUGGAAUGGGAUGACCGCCUAGAAGAUGACUCACUGUUGAUUGAGAGAAUUCUGUUGUUGAUAAGAAACAUUCUUCACGUACCAGCAAACAAGCAAGCAGAAAAGGUAAAUUCUUGUAGAAACCGGAAUAAGCUCUGGCAAGAUAGGCUGCUGUUCUGAAGUAGACUACCUUUUUGUUUAUUUGUUAUCAUUAUUUAGUCCUUUGAUCUUGGCAACUUCCAAGACUUGUGUUGCUGCAGUGUUUUUUUAUGCAACAGAUAUAAUUGUUUUAUUUACUGAGCGUUCAGCAAAGGUAAAUCUGCAGAGAAGAAAGCAUGAUCAUGUUGAUGUAAGAACAUCUGUUUGUUGAAGGCAAGAGUUGUUUCUAAGCCUCCCCAGUGGGAGGGAUCAUCCCUCAUGUC